UUUCGCUCCUAUGUAAUAGCUGCUUGUGAUGCUUUUAGAUGAGGGAAUUAGUCAGACACUGCUCCUCCUUCAGCCCUUCCUUCCUAGCUACUGACUGGAACAAAUAUUGCAGCUCCAGAGCUGUACAGAGAAUAGAUUGUGAGCAUCUGGCAGCAGAACACACUAGCUCCAUCAUUAUUAUGCAUUCCGGAGUGGACCUGCUGGAACACAAGUGACAACCUCUGAGUAGACUUCUACCUUGGUGACUGCAAUCCGAGGAGGCAACAAGAUGACAGGCUGAAUAUCUGUACUGGAAUGCUUUAAUCCUCCGGUGCCGUAAGUGACUGAUCUGCAGCAAUGUCAGUUUUUAUAGUCAAGUGGAUUAUGUUCUCCUGCAACUUUUGAAACUAUAUUAAGUUUUUUUUGGACAAACCUCAGUCUACAAAAUAACUCCUAAGAUGCUGAGAAAUGACACUGGGACGAUGGGAUUCCUUGAGAAUACAGCGGAGUCUACCUGGGGGAACACCUCUAGGAAUAACACUUCUACAGACUCCCCUGGCAUUGCCAUCUUCAUUUCCUUUGUGUACUCUUUGGUUUGCAUUGUAGGGUUGUGUGGUAAUUCUAUGGUCAUCUAUGUCAUUUUGCGUUACGCCAAGAUGAAGACUGCCACUAAUAUCUACAUUUUGAACUUGGCCAUUGCUGAUGAACUUCUUAUGCUGAGCGUGCCUUUUCUGGUGACCUCCACCCUUCUUCGUCACUGGCCAUUUGGCUCGCUCCUUUGUAGACUGGUUCUUAGCUUGGAUGCUAUGAACAUGUUUACCAGUGUCUACUGCUUGGCUGUUCUAAGUUUGGACCGGUAUGUGGCAGUGGUGCAUCCCAUCAGCGCUGCCCGCUACCGACGACCAAGUGUGGCAAAAAUGGUGAAUCUUGGGGUCUGGCUUUUCUCAAUGCUAAUCAUCCUACCUAUUGUCAUUUUCUCCAGUACAGCACCGAACAGUGAUGGGACAGUGGCUUGCAAUGUACAUAUGCCGGAGCCCUCACAGCGAUGGGUUGUGGUCUUUGUCCUCUACACCUUCUUGAUGGGCUUUCUCCUGCCAAUGGCUGCCAUCUGCUUAUGCUAUAUUCUCAUCAUCACAAAAAUGAGAGUUGUAGCACUCAAAGCUGGCUGGCAGCAGCGGCGCAGGUCGGAGCGUAAACUCACACUCAUGGUGACUGUUGUGGUGACAGUUUUUGUGGUCUGUUGGAUGCCAUUCUAUGUUGUACAGCUAGUUGGUGUUUUUGCCAGAAAGGGGGACACGACAGUCAGCCAACUUUCAGUUGCACUUGGCUAUGCCAACAGUUGUGCCAAUCCUUUUUUGUAUGGCGUUCUUUCUGACAAUUUUCGAAGGUCUUUCCAGAAGGUUUUAUGCCUCACCUGGAUGGAAAAUGCCACAGAAGAACCAGUAGACUACUAUGCCACCGCAUUAAAAAGCAGGGCAUACAGUGCCGAGGACCUACAGAAUGGCAUGUUGACAACAGGCAGCACUUACCGCAAUGGCACUUGCAGCUCUAGGACCCACUAGAAUUGUAUAUUACGCAAACUGUUCUCAGUAAAUCGGCUCACUACUAAAUCAUGGCAUUUCCAGGAUUCGUACAACGGUCAAAAGUGGGGCACUGACUAUUGUGAACAUUGGUUUUGGGUAGGGAAAUGCAGAUAUCCUUAUUACAAAGUGGUUGAUGCUGUAUAUAGAAAAUACCAUAUUGCACUGAUGUUGUAACUGAUAAAAACAUUUAUAUGGAUUUGUGGUAUCCCGAUCAUGUAGCAUAAUUACCAAUUCUGAUGCUGUCAGAAAUUUCCUUCAAGGAACUGCAAGAUUGAGUUUGAUGGAAUGCACUUCGUAGACGGCAUCCAAAUGACUUGAGCUGAAUGUAUGACUUUUAUCAAUGACCUGUCGUGCGUUUCUAUUCUUUAUAGAUAAUGACAGUCUCAUCCAUAGUAAUUGUUACGUUGGUAUUGAUUUUAUUUUUUCACUUUAGUUUCUGCUCGGUUACAUUUGCUGUGUAUUGUUAUCACACCAGUAUUGCUUUUGUGCCAUUGUGUAUGUGUCGGAGAGGAUUCUGAUCAUGCUUUCAAUUGAAGCCAUUUCUAUUAGAACCUGGAAUAGACGUCCUCUGUUU